AUGAAACAGCUGCCAGCAGAGACUGUUCGUCUGCUUUCAAGUUCUCAGGUGAUCACAUCAGUUGUUAGUGUGGUGAAGGAGCUGAUAGAAAAUUCCUUGGAUGCAGAUGCCACAAAUAUUGAUAUUAAACUGGAGAAUUACGGGUUUAACAGAAUAGAAGUAAGAGACAAUGGCAACGGAAUCAAGGCUGCUGAUGUCCCAGUUAUGGCAGUUAAACACUACACCUCCAAAAUCAGCUCUUCUGAGGACCUGGACAGGUUGACAACGUAUGGUUUCCGUGGGGAAGCUUUGGGGUCAGUUUGCUCUAUAUCAGAGGUUUUGAUCACAACCAAGACAGCUGCUGAUGAGUUCAGCACUCAGUAUGCUUUGGAUAGCACUGGGCACAUAACUUCGAAAAAGCCUUCCCAUCUUGGGCAAGGUACUACCGUAACAGUCCUAAAGUUGUUCAAGAAUCUUCCUGUGAGAAAGCAGUUUUACUCAACAACUAGAAAAUGUAAGGAAGAGCUGAAAAAAGUCCAGGAUCUCCUGACAGCAUAUGGUAUCAUAAAACCAGAGCUGAGGAUAACCUUAACACAUAAUAAGGCAGUUAUUUGGCAGAAGACCAGGGUGUCAGAUCACAAAAUGGCCUGUAUGUCAGUUCUGGGAACAGCCAUUAUGGGCAGUAUGGUGCCUUUUCAACACUGCUGUGAAGAUCCUGAGAUAAACCUUUCUGGAUUUCUCCCAAAAGCUGAGUCAGACAGUUCCUUGACAAGCCUUUCAAGUUCAGAAAGGAGUUUCAUUUUUGUGAAUAAUCGUCCAGUUCAGCAGAAGGAAAUACUGAAGCUCAUUCGACAGUACUACAGCCUGGUGAUGCGCAAGGAUUGUACUCGUUUGUAUCCUGUUUUCUUUCUGAAUAUUACUGUGCCUGCCUCUGCUGUGGAUGUGAAUGUAACACCUGAUAAAACUCAAGUCUUGCUGCAUUAUAAGGAAUCUGUCUUGCUUGCUGUGGAAAAUGUGUUGAAAUCACUGUACGGGCCACUACCUGCUGCAGUCCCUGGUGAAAGUAAUAAAACAGAUGUUACCUCUGAAGACAUGUUUGCUCCUAGAACAGAGCAAACAGAUGUGAUGGUUAAUGAAAUGGGACCAUCUGGAAACGAUGAUCCCUGUGUUCAUACUUCAUUCCUUUCACUCAGCAGCGAUGUGCAAAACUGUCAAGCAGGAAAAAACACAGAGAUCUGCUUAAAUCAUCAGACAUUUCGUGGUGAUAAUGUACAUAGUGGCCUGGACAAGAGAGAGGUUUUGAAGAGUGAUGCCUUUCCAGACAGUUCCUUCAAUUUAUUGUGUGAGGAGGAACAGAAUGGGCAGAAUCUGACUGAUACUGCAAGUAAUGGUGUUCCCGUGGACCCCAAGGCUGCAAAAGUUGAUGAGCGACUUUUGAGUUGUGACAGUAUUGAUAAAAUAGUAAAACAUGAGGAAUCCUUAGUCCCUAAAUCCCCCCCUGGAAUCUCUGCUGAUCAUUGGAGUAGGGGAAGUGCAUUUAAAAAUCCUCUAGGAGACAACCUGGAACCUGUUAAAAUUUUGAUUCCUGAAGUUGAGGGAACAGUGAAUGAGUUUCAGAAUGAACAUAAUGGUGACGAGAGCAAUCACCCACAAAUCUCCCUUCAAAGCACAAAGAAAAGAAAUGUCAUAAGUGAUAAAUUUGGCCACGUGACAGGUUAUGAUUUAAUUAGCAGUAGAAUAAUAAAGAAGCCAAAGUCUGCAGUUGGAUUUUUCACUGAAGAACAUCGCCCAGAAGUGAUGGCUGAUAAUCCAAAGACCAGCAUGGAUGACAUCCUUCUCCUAAUUGAAGAGAAGUGGAAGAAUUUGAAUGAAGAGGAAAAAAAGAAUUAUGAAAUGAAGGCUGCUAAAGACAUGGAAAGGUACAACAGAGAGAUCAAGAAAGCUGUGGGACAGAGGGGGCAUCGACCAACUAAGGAGGCAGAAAAACAGAAACCCAGACUGAAGGCUUCCCCAUCUGACCAGCAGAAGCUUGACAAGAUAUUUCAUGCUCAAAUUGAAAAGAAGAGGAAACCUGAAGAGCCUACCAAAGUCGUCACAGUGCCUUUUUCUAUGAGUUCCUGUAGACAACACCUUCAGAGACGCCAGAGAAAUGAUUCAGAUGAAGAGGAGCUUUUCUUGAUCCGUUGUCAGAGUUUUCCUGAUGUCUGGAUAUUUGCUACUGACAAAAAGCUAAUGUUGCUGAACCCAUAUAGAUUGGAAGAAGCCCUCUUGUGUAAAAGAUUACUGACGAAUCAUAAGCUUCCAGUAGAGAAACUGGACAAGCCAAUUGUGCUAACAGACAGUCUCGUUGGUGGAGCUCAGUAUAUGGCUGCUCUUUAUAAAAUGCAGAAGGAUUACCAGAGUUUCAAUGGAUCAAGUCAUUUGUCAGAUCCAAGGCUUGUGGCAAAUGGAUUCCAGAUAAUAAUGAUAGAAGGUGCUUCAGCUGCAGAAAGUCAUCUGGAAAUAAAAGGGCUGGCAAACUGUCUGCCAUAUUAUGGUAUUUCUGAUUUGAAAGAAAUUCUGAAGGCAGUAGUUAAUGGAAAUGCAAAGGAGGUUUAUGAAUGUAGACCCCUCAAAGUGAUAAGUUACUUGGAGGGAGAAGCAGUGCGUUUAGCUCGGCAGCUGCCCUUGCACUUAUCAAAAGAAGAUGUGCAAAACACCAUUUACAGGAUGAAGCAACAGCUUGGAAAGGAAAACAAAGGCUGUGUCCAUGGUCGUCCUUUUUUUCAUCACUUAACAGAUAUUCCAGAAGCUUACAAGCACAACUCCAUGGAAAUUAGUCAAUAAAUGGAACACUUUG